CACCAGGCGACGGACAGCACGCGUGUGCGGCAUGCUACGUACAUGUGUCUUACGGGCCUGCUAUGCUUGGGAAGAACCAGAUGUGGGAGAAUGGGGCAGCUUGGCGGCACCAGGGUAUUUUAAUAGGAUCCAGUUUGUUCGCCUUCCCCUGGGGCAGGAAGACAGGAGCGCCCAGAGUCAUUGGAGGACAGUGGUUUGGGAAUCCAGCAGCAAAGCAAAGAGAGCAGCAAUUGGAGCAGGUGUCGGAAUAGGAGUUGCCGUCAUUGGGGCCCCAGUAGCAAUCUGGGCAGCAGGCUUCACUGGAGCAGGCAUUGCAGCCGGGUCGAUCGCUGCCAAGAUGAUGUCAUCAGCUGCCAUCGCCAACGGAGGAGGAGUGGCUGCUGGGAGCCUUGUGGCAACGCUGCAAUCAGCGGGUGCUGUAGGACUCUCGCUAGGUGCUAAAGUUGGGCUGGGCACUGCACUAGGAUCUGUAGGGGCAGCUGUUGGCUCCUGGUUCUCUAAGGAUAAAUGAAAGCUAUGCAAGUCCUGCUGGCAUCUGAAGUAGACACUGACCAGUCCUGGAAACCCUUAAGCUGCAAAGCUGGGCCCAUGCAGCAAGCUAUGUGAUGUGGGGGGGUAAUUACUUCGUUGUUGCCUGGGAAAAGCUACUGCAAACGUGUCACUUGUUCUGCCUUCUCUUGAACGGUUGUUGAGCUGCUCUGAUUAUGGUGGGGGGGGUGUGUGUGUGUGAAAACAAUAAAGCUGGUUUUAAAUGGACAAACG